AACCACCAACCGUCCUGAGAUGGAAGACCACUCGGUCCACUCCAUUAAUGUAACAUAUCUCGUUAUUUUCAAGAAAAAACACCACGUGAUGUGGAAGAACUAAAUGCAUAUUGUAACUUCAGGUAUCCCAAUUGCUCAGUUACUAUAAGAUUUCAUAUUGAAGAGCAAGGUGAAAUCUUGUUGGGUUUCAAAAAAGAUUUAAGUCAUGGAGAAGAUGAUUGUUUGUUAACCAAUAUUUUUCCUUCAUGGGUCUUGUCAAAAUUCCUUGAAAAAUAGCACCCAUUCAUUUUUUCCACCCAAAGUCUACCUCAGUUCAAUAGUGAUCUUCAUCUCUCUCUGUUUUAUGGAUGGUGUCUGUUAAAGUUUUUACAAAGAUGUGAUAUCGUGAACCUUCAAUCUUAGUCUCAGGUGUGUUUUUAGUUGAUUUUUCGUAUAAUUUUAUUGGGUUUUCUCUUGAAAACUUUGCAAUCCCUCGGCUUCAUUUCAUUGAAAGGUUUGUGUGCAUCUUAAAUUUUUUUACAUUCAUGGGGUGGUCUAGCUUGUUUCUGUUACUGUGUUUUUAUUGGAGUUUCUUCAUUCUGGUUACGCAUCAAUUACAAUCCUCACAAACCCAAGUGCUUCUUCAGUUAAAAAAACGGUUGGAGUAUCCAAAGCAAUUAGAUUUUUGGUAUAAUAGCAGCUCAGAUUUCUGCUAUUUGUCAUCCUCUCAAGUGAACGUCACAUGUCUGAACAAUUUUGUCACUGAGAUCAGAAUAGUGGGUGAUAAGCCAAAUAAGGUAAGCAAUUUUGAUGGAUUUGCAAUUCCAAGUAGAACUCUAUCAGAGAAUUUCUCCAUGGAUUCUUUUAUAGCCACCUUGGCAAGGCUCACCAGCUUGAAGUCUCUAACUCUGGUGUCUUUGGGCAUUUGGGGUCCACUUCCUGACAAAAUGCAUCGAUUGUAUUCCCUUGAAAACUUGGAUUUGAGUGGGAAUUUUCUAUUUGGUUCCAUUUCUCCUACAAUUUCCAGAAUGGUGAAGAUUCAAACUCUUAAAUUAGAUGGGAAUUUCUUCAAUGGUACAGUUCCUGAUUGGUUUGAUUCAUUAUCAAACUUAACCAAUGUAAGCUUGAGGGAUAACAGGCUGACCGGUUCAUUUCCGUCUUCAGUACUGAGAAUUACCGUUCUGACUGAACUUGGUUUGUCGAAAAAUGGAGUAUCAGGCAAAUUACCAGAUCUAAGUAGCUUAACUAGCCUGCAUGUGCUGGAUUUGAGUGAAAACAAAUUCGAUUCUGAACUUCCCAGUAUGCCCAAAGGUUUGGCCAUAGCUUUUCUUAGAAACAAUUCCUUCUCUGGUGAGAUUCCACACCAAUAUAGCCGUCUUCUUGUUCUUCAGCAACUUGAUCUGUCGAUCAAUUCUCUUCGAGGAACGCCUCCCGCUGCACUUUUUUCUUUGCCCAACAUUACUUACUUAAAUUUGGCAUCAAAUAGGUUAAGUGGAUCACUAUCAUUUCAUUUGAGUUGCAGCAGUAAGCUCGGGUUAGUCGAUAUAUCAAAUAAUAGAUUCAGAGGUUGGUUGCCUUCUUGCUUGGGCACUGCAUUACAUGAGACGAUUGUUAGGUAUGGUGGGAAUUGUUUGUCAAUUGAUCCGAGGCAUCAGCAUCCAGAUUCAUACUGUGCAGAAAUUCCCACGAAGAGGAAAGAAUCGAGAGGGAAGAAUGUAGGACUAUUGGUGGGUGUCAUUGGGGGAAUUUUUGUUGUUAUGGUGCUUUUGGCUUGUGCCUUUCUUGUCUUGUGUCGAAGAUAUUGCCCUCGAGGAACAUCAGAGCAACAUUUGUUACAUAAGUCCGUGGAAGACAACUCAGUCACAGGGUUCCCUUCACAGCUCCUGACUAAUGCAAGGUUUAUUUCUGACGUGGGAAAAUUAGGUUCGCAAGGUAUUCCAGUGCAUCGAUUGUUCUCUUUUGAUGAGCUUAAGGAAGCCACAAACAACUUCGAUAAGUCUACCUUGAUGGGUGAAGGAUCAAGUGGGAAGCUUUACAAAGGAAGACUAGAGAAUGGAACCUUAGUAGCUAUAAGGUGCCUCACUGUGUCGAGGAGAUACACAAUCCGAAAUCUCAAACUAAGGUUGGAUUUGCUUGCGAAGCUUCGACACCCUCAUUUGGUUUGCCUUUUGGGGCACUGCAUUGAUGGUGAAGGAUGCAAUGACUCUGGUGCAAAUAAAGUUUAUCUUAUAUAUGAAUAUGUGCCCAAUGGGAAUUAUUGCACUCAUCUCUCUGAGACUAGUCCAGAAAAGGUUCUAAAAUGGUCAGACAGAUUGAUGGUUCUAAUUGGUACUGCCAAGGCUGUGCACUUUCUACAUACUGGAAUCAUUCCUGGAUUUUUCAACAAUCGAUUGAAAGCAAAUAAUAUAUUGCUCAAUGAGCAUCGGAUGGCAAAGCUAAGUGAUUAUGGGUUAUCCAUUGUAGCAGAAGAUGGCGAAAGGCAAGAGGGAAAAGGAGAAGGCCUCAAAUCAUGGCAAAUGAAGAUUGUAGAGGAUGACGUUUACAGUUUUGGAUUCAUACUACUGGAGACGUUUGUUGGCCCUUCCGCAUCAGCAAGAAAGGAGGCAUUGUUGCUACAUGAAAUGACUUCCUUUGAGAGCCGGGAUGGCCGGAGGGGAAUAGUGGACCCAACUGUCCUUGCUUCUAGCUCAGAAGAAUCUUUGUCGAUUGUUAUAUCCUUAAUGCAUAAAUGCAUUUCUCCUGAUUCAUCAACCCGGCCAUCUUUUGAGGAUGUUCUUUGGAACUUACAGUAUGCAGCUCAAGUUCAGGCAACCGCAGAUGGUGACCAAAGUCCAAAGAUUUAAGGCCUACUAUCUUUGUGAAUAGUUUGAGUGGAUCAGCCCUAGAACAUUGCCAAUCUUGCUCUCAACAGCUCAAAAACACUUUGCCCCAACUAUUUAGGUAGUUUGUAUGAAUCUUUGUCAAUUAAUUUGUGAUAUUUUGAAAUAUAUUUACUCAUAUGCAUUGUAAACUCAUAAAUGUGGCUCAGCUUAAACUACCUAAGUUGUUUACAUUUCAUCAUGGUAAUCUUAUUCCCAAACAACAAUAUUCAAAAUUGAUUCUCUAAAAACUAUCAACAAAAGCAAAAAAUUAUUGAAUGUUCAUGGGUCAAAAGUCAAAACUCGG